GUGAGGAUGUGUGUUUGUGUGUGAUUAUAUAUUUGCAUUCUUUAAUCUGACAUGUUUAUCCUUUAUCUUCUCAAUCGUGUCUUACCGAUUAGGUGAUGUACCCUGGCUCCAAGGUACCAGGACAACGGAUAUUCGACAAGAAAACACAAGCUGUGACAUCCAAGAGGGACAUGAAGAUUGGAUGUUGGAGAAUUCAAGAAUCAGUCCCCAGCUCAAUCAAUUCUCCGCUUCGACAAAGGUAUUCCUUCAACAUCUCCAAGCUUCCCCGUGACUGACUCACGCAACGACACGGUUAUUAAAUCCCGACGUCGAAAAUCUUCAUUGCGUAAGACGAGUUAUAAUUUACUGUCCGCAUAUCAACUUUAUUGCAUCGUUAAUAAAAAAGAAAUUAAUGUUGAAAUCUUAAUAUUCGAUUGAGUUACUUCAAAUUCAUUGGAUGUUCGGGUUUUUGUCGGUUAAAGUUCAGACCUUUCUCCUGUUUGAAGUUUUCUCAAAAAGGAACAAAAAAUUGUGGCUUGCAGCUCCAUCAUGGGAUGUCGUUUGGAGGAUCACCCCCAACAGUGAAUUGCCAUUGACGACAUUAUUCUUUCAGAGCCAAUCCAAAUUUCUUGAGUUAAAAGCGAACGACGUGACACCUCUUAUUAUUUAUUAACGCUCGAAUCGAUCAGUGCUUCGCCGAAUCAUCUUUUUUUUAGAGUAGAUGCAUCAGAUCGCUACAGGGGAAAUUAAUGACAAGGGAAAGCCAAUUUCUGCGAAAUUCAUUGAGGAAAUGGUGAACUUGAGACCGAUGUGUAAAUGGUAAUAUUAAAAAAGGUCUUUGAAAUUUAUUGACGAUAUUUGCUGGUGAACAAAACACCAAUAACUGAGCUGUCGUCUAUUGCGUUCUUAUACAAAAAGCAGAUCAAGGCUGCAUGGUUGACAUCUGAAUUGCUAAUGUCAUCAGGUUAUAACUGUUCUUGCCAUGCUUUAAAAAUACCUGAACGUCAAAUAAAUUGAAACCUAUCGUCCUUCGUUGCCGACUCGAAAUCAUUAGUGGCACGUUACUUUAAUUCGGACUGCUUUGUAUUUCACCCAUUGGCUUUGCAAAUUUUCAAAUUAUAGUUAAUAAGUGACGAGGAUUGCGGAAUGACAGGUAUCACUCUGAUGGUAUGCUAACCUAUCAAGCGUUACCGAGCAGUCGACAAGGAAACAAAAAAUAGAAUGACUCAAUCCAAGGUAUUAUUUAGUUUUAUACCCUUAUAAUAAAUAGAUCUGAGGUAAUCUUUACGCUUUUAAUCCGAUUUGAGAGAUUAUCAGUUCAGUGGUUUGAAUUUCCAUUUUGCAUGGAUAACUCUACAUGCCAGCAUAACGAUUCGACGUACAGUUGUAAGGGAAUGCGACAUAAAUAAUCAUAAUUGUUAUUAUUGUAUCCUGUGUGUAUGUAUGACAUAUGUACGAAGAAACUUCGAUUUCAGAAUUCGCAGCAACAAAAGGCAUUCUUGGGCUUAACCACUGUGCCGUUCGUUUGCAGAAAGCAUUAACAUUGGUUUUCAAACAAUAAAGCGGCCUACCGUUUCGGUGAACUUAAUAGACAGACGAACGUCAGCCUCUUAAAAGGUGUGCGCCAUUCAGCGAAAGUUUAUCGAGAGGAGAAAGAUGUAUCAUGAAAAGCGGGGGUAGUAUAUGGCCCAUGGGACGCUCUCGCUGGGAGUCUUUUAUAAGCGCGAUCGCUUCUUGAGUGUGAGCAAAGAAGAAGAAAGAUUUCGCACGGCGAACACGUACUUGGUCAUCAUCCGUUGCUUGCAUUGAGGCAACACAUCUCUACUUCGGAUAACUCUCACCAGAGCGAUGUAAAUACUCAUUUGAUAUGGAUUUAUUUCAAAGUAAGACGCCGUUGUUCAGUUAUUCUUGGUCAUAGCUUCAGUUUCAUUCUCACAGUGAAGGACAGAAUUGAAAUGAAGAGCAAUUUCUUGGAUUGAUUCCGAAUUUAUUGAUAAGGAUCAAGGUUUUGGAUAAAACGAAAAGGUACUGCAGUUUGGUGGAAACAUCGAGUGGAACGCUUAAAACUUUUCGCGAGAAUUAUCUUUCUAAAGUGCUAGAUAAAGAGGGAUAAUCACUCUCAAUCAGUUCGAUCCACAAUCUUAAUGUCAAGAGUGAGCAAAAUUUAGAAUGAAUUGGAUCUGUGCUUUGCGUUUCGAUUUGACUGUCGAGACACCAUUUCUAUGGAUUUAGAUGAAUGGUGAUCAGCCUUAGAGGAUUCUGCUGAGCCCCCCAUCUUGUAAUUUGAUUUGGUCUACAGUCGUAAGGAGCAUUAGCUGGAGGGGGGACAUCCAUUAGCGACUAAGGAAAUGAUAAAAUGGGUGACCGAAUUUCCGUAACGUGUCUUCAAGGAGGUAGUGUUAUUGAUAACUCAACAAAUGGAUGAAAGGAUCCUAUGAAAAUAGCAGAUCGGAGGAGGGAAAACGGCGGGAUUACGCUUUGGCCUGCAUUUACGUGAACUGUUGUCGUCUCGUGCUGGUUGUUUCGGAUUUGACGGCCGGUAAUUGCGUUACACCUUUAUGAGAUUUACAAAUCUUGUGCUGAUUUUGAUUAGCGAUUCUACUCUUUAUUAGAAAAGAUAAUACAGCUAACGACAUUUGAUGACUUUUUAUACGCGAAAUGAAGGUUUCAACGUGAAAUUGUGGAGUGAUUCAUUAAAAGUGUACUUGGUUAUUUGCUGUUUAGGCUGAAAUAUAUAGUGUUACCAUGACGACAAAUUUAACGAACGGAACAGACGAUGGUGGGGGUGGAGGCUACUCCCUCGCUGGGUACAUCGUCAUUGGAAUCGUCCUCUAUUUCAUCGUCGUGCUCGCCAUCGCAGGAAAUGCAUUGGUCAUCGCUUCCGUCCUCGUCUUCCGGAAACUUCGCACGGUAACCAACUACUUCAUAGUCUCCCUCGCGAUAUCGGACCUCCUACUCGCGAUGUUCGUCAUGGACUUCAACGCGUGCUUCAUCGUCCUUGGCGACUAUUGGCCCUUCGGGAAGGUCUUCUGUCGAUUUUAUAUCUCGAUGGAUAUAAUGCUCUGUACGGCGUCUAUUUUAAACUUGUGCUUAAUUUCUUUGGAUCGAUACUGGGCCAUUACAUCACCUUUCAGUUAUUACCAACGAGUAAACGCUACUAACGCCAUUAUUUUGAUUGUUCUAGUAUGGGUCGUGUCUUUCAUCAUAAGUGUACUCCCUGUUAUGAUUGGGCUCCACGUAGAUUAUACUUUAAACGAUGAGCUGUUCCAGCUGUUUUAUGAAGAACCGACGUUUUGUGUAUUGAUUCUUAGCGAGUGGUACGCGUUCGGAUCAUCCGUUAUUUCAUUUUUCAUCCCCAUAUUUAUCAUGGGUUAUACAUAUGCACGUAUAUUCAUCGUUGCGAGGAGGCAAGCGCGUCAAAUUGCCGCGUACAAUAACACGGGUAAGCGCAUACAGGGCACGGACAAGAAAGUUCAGGGUUCAAUGCGUCGAGAGCGCAAAGCGACAAAAACUCUAGCGAUCAUUGUCGGUGUUUUCAUCGGAUGUUGGUUGCCAUUUUUCAUAGUGAACGUUGUGGAUCCCUUCUGUAAACGCUGCGUGCCGCCUGAGUUCAUUAGCUUCACAGUGUGGUUGGGGUAUGUGAACAGUGCUCUAAACCCCAUCAUCUACGCACAGAAUAAGAGCUUCCGAAAUGCCUUCAAGACCAUCCUCUUCUGUUAUAAGUGCCGAGGGUUGUCUAUGCGACAGGCGGACAGUAGCGACGACCACACUGCCAUGAGCAACACGAGCAGGCAGGAACGGCUUAGGGGGCGUUUGGGCAACGGUUACAACACCUCACCGCGUCCGUCGAAUUCGGACCAUCGAAGCAGCAUCGAGAAUUCCGCGGAACAGAAUACCAAAAUGGUCAAGGAUACCUCUUUGGUCAUUGCCAAUAAGAACACUGGUGAGAAUGGGAAUGACCCCAAGAAGGACAGUUCAACCCCAGUGACUGUUGCCACUAUAACCCAAUCCGAUGCAAACGGUAAUGCGAUCGAUGUCCCUCUUUAAAAAAAUGUAUAUACCACUUGUCUCAAUUACGUUUCAUCAUUGCCAAAAUGCACCCUCUUUUAAUAUAGAGACCUUGUUCACUUCGAAGGUAUUAAGUUGAUAUGGUUGAUAGACGCACAAUUUAUACUGAAGUCAUUUUAAUGUCUCUUAUUUCACAUUAGCCAUUGAUAAUUUAACUCACCGGGGUUAGCCCGAUGACAAAGGCUGCAUAUUAAAAUGUUAAAAUGUCGAUUUUGAAAUCUCGGUCGAUAUUGCCGGUCGUAUUUUUAUAUUGCUCCACACGCCAGUAAUGGAGAAAAUAAGUGUCAGAAUGAUAAGGAAAACACAGAACUUUCAAUUUAGAUAUUCGAAAAUCAAGGAUAGAAUAUAACAUUGAAUGUGUAACCAUCUUCUUUUUAAUUAUCUACGCCCCGAUUAAAUUUAUAUACGCAACCUACAUGACCAAUAACCAUCGAACGGGCAAAUUUGCCUUGACGCAACCUUUGGUAACAAACAAAAAGAGGCUGUUUUGUGUUGAUUGUCAAUGUUACACUCUAAAAAAGGUUUAUCCAAUGUUGGAUAAAAACGGAGUAUGCAUGUUCGUUGAGUUAAGCGAUGCCAAGUAUUGUGUUAGAUUUACACAAUGUUGCGGUAAAAUUUACCAGUGGAAUAUUUUUGAUAUCAUACUGCAUCAAACUUGCUCAUACCGACAUGUUGGUCGCGUUUUACACAAAAUUUGACAAAAUUAUUAAAUUUGGUGCAUUUUACCUGCUUUUUGUGUCGACGAAUUGGGUAUUUACUUGAGCCCAAUGAAGAAAGUUUUGUUUACACAGAAUAAGUUAUUGUGAUGUGUACAAAAUCAAGCGAAGUCUUUCUGCAAUGUAAUAUAUAUUAAGUGUCUGUAUCAUUACAUGUUGAAGAAAUAAUGUUAGCAUGCUACUAUUCUUUCAAAGUAAUGCUUAUUCCCCCCCCCCCCCCCAUUGUGUAUGGGGGAAAGUCGCACGAAAAUUUUGGUAUGUUAUUAAUGUUUUAUACUUCUUCACAAACCAGCUUGAACGUAAGUUUCAAGCUAGUAAUAUGACAUUAUGAAAGAAAAUCGGGAAACGUAUCAUUUUGUGACUUUUGUGGGUUAUAUGUAAACUAGGCCUUAUAUUCAAUUCAUCAUUUUAAAUGGGCAUAAUUUGUAAAGUAUUGCGAUAAACGUUUACUUCAAAGCCGUAUUCGGUCACACUUUAUGGGGAGGAUGCAUUAGUAUAAUUAUUUUUGUUCAUGAGUUCAUCACUAACCGUGGCAACAGCGUCCGUCGUAACCGAUACCAUCCAUGCCUCGGGGAAAAUUCGAAAAUAAUAUUGGCCUGAGCAUUUAACGUGAUUGUAAACAUGUUCCAUUAAAGUUAGUAUCAUAGAGAUCGUGUAUGUUUUAUAGUCUGGUUUACCUUAAUCAUGUUAAUUGUCCUCAAAUUUUUAGCAAUCAGGCGUGAACCUCUCCAAGGUGAAAAGGGAAUGAUACCGUCUGCCUGUUAGACGCUCCUGGAUAAUUAGACUUUCAUUCACCAAGUCACGCAUAGUUCUACCAGGAUUUAUAAUCUUACCUGGAUAGUACCACAGUGGCAGGGUGGUAGUCGAUGGCUUCCUGAUUGGAAGGUCCUGGGUUCGAAUCCAUGCCCAAAGGAUUUGAAAAUAAGAUUUGCAAUCAUAAUUUUACUCUGAAACUUAAAUUCGUAUGAUUUUUUUUUGGGGGGGUGGUCCAUUGAACAAAAUUCUUUCAUCAACGAGAUCCGGAUCGGUUAAUAAAAUUAUUCACGUCAAACUGUUUUAUAUAAAACGGAUGAAUAUAAAGUGAAAAAAGGGUAUAUACACAAUGAAAAGAUAAAAAGUUGUAUCGGUGACAUUGGAUAUAGGCUGAAGGUGAUUCUGUGUGCCCUGGUUCCCGCGAAAUUGACACCAACACAAAUCGGCAAUUUGUCAGAAUUUCCAAAACAUCGAAUUCGUGACUUAUCUAAAGCAGUCAUCAAACAGAUUUAUGUCCAUUUAAAAUGAAUGAUAAGUCAACCUCCAUGGAAUGUGUGAGGUAUAUCCUAUGUUUAGAAAGACGUAGGAUUGACAAG